GGGUCGAUCAACCAGAUCACAAGUACACUAGCUAGUCCACUCUUUGUAAUAAUAAUACUAGUACUAAGUCUGUAUUAUUGUUGUGUACAUGUCAGAAACAGAAAGAGGAGAUGAGGAAAUCUUGUCUUGCUGCUCUAGUGGAGUGUCGACUCCAGUUUCAGUUUCUAUGGAUGAAGCAGAAUUGAAAAAAGAGGAAGGAAAAAAGAAGAAACCUGAGGAGUUCAAGAAGAAACUUGAGGAGGCCAGAUACCCGUAUUAUCCGUAUCCGUAUGACACGCCACUGAGAAGCAGUGACACCACGAUACAGAGGAUAGGGUCAUGUCUGCUGAGCAUCGCGAGAAGAGCCGACCUCAUGAGCAUCGCCGCCCCGAUCGCCGUGGCCAUAGGUCCGUACCAUCAUCAUCACCGUGCCUCGCCGCAGCUCAUGGCCAUGGAAGACUCCAAGCGAGCCGCCAAGGAGGAGUUUUGUCGUCGGGUGGCGAUGAUGGCGAGCCAGAGCCAGCCGGAGGUGGAGGCGGCAGUCCGUGAGAAGAUGCUCUCGCUGGCGGGAUCCGCUCGCAAGUGCUACGCCGGCGACUGGACGAUCGAUCGCAUGAGCCACGAGUCCCUGGCGGAGAUGAUGUUCCUGGACGGCUGCUUCCUGCUGCAGUUCAUGGUGUCCAUGUUCCCCGACGACCCCAACGCCCCGCCGGAGUUGGACCCGCUCAUGUCCAGGGCCGAGGUGCACACCUGCAUCGACGCCAUCGCGAGGGACGUCAUGCUGUUCGAGAACCAGAUCCCCUGGGCUGUGCUGCAGGCGCUCAUGGAGAUGAGGCCGGGAGUCCCCGUCGACAGGUUCCUCACUCUCAUGGCCUCCGCCUUCCACGUCGCCGCUAACGACGAUGACGACAAAGCAGCUUCUUUGUCGUCGGGUGCAAGUGCAACAACUGGAGCUGGAGGUGAACCAAACGACCACGGCGAUCCGCCGCCGCCGCAUCUCCUCGGCCUCUUCCACCGCCGCCAGGUGGGCGCGGCGCAUACCCAGAGCCUCCGCGUGCCCUGGCUAUCGUCCCGCUCGACCACCGCCGUGGAGCUCGCGGAGAUGGGCGUCAAGCUGACGGCGAGCAAGACGAACAAGUUCGGCGACAUGAGCAUGGAGAAGCGGCGGCGGCCAUGGCCAUGGCAGCUCUCCCUCGCACCGAUGGUCCUCAACAACCUGACCGCGUGCUGGCUCACCAACAUGGCCGCGUACGAGGCUUGCCUGGGCGCGACGCAGGCCGACAACUUCGCCGUCAGCUCGUACGUCUGCGUCCUGUCGUGCCUCGUCAACCGGGAGGAAGACGUGAAGGAGCUGCGCGGCAAAGGCAUCAUCAACAGCACCUUCAGCGACAUGGGGACGCUGGUGUUCUUCAAGGGGGCCGCCCAAGACCUGCGCGUCGGCCAUCGCUACUACGAGGUGUUCCAAGCCCUACACAAGUACAGGCAGGAGAGGUGGCUGUGGAUCGCCGUCCACAGCUUCCUCUACAGAAACUACAAGACCAUCGUCACGGUGCUCUCCAUCGCUGGGGUGCUUGCUGGACUCUUCAAAACCAUUCUCUCGCUCAGGCACCACCAGUAGACACUAGACAGCGGCGCCCGCCACCCCAUUCAUCGCUGGAGUAGAACUUGAAUUAAAUUUUAUCUCAAUCCACUUCAAUAUAUAUGGUUUGAAAUGAGUCUGAUAACAUUCAAAUAAGUCAGUCAAAAUUUAUCAAUACAAGAGCUGAAGAUGGAUUGGAAAAUCACGUGCAACCAAAAAAGGAUUAAAUUUAGAUCGAGUUGUCAAUUUUGCAAAAACAUGGGAAAAAAAAAAGGUCAACCCAGGUCGGUUUGGGGCCUCCCUGCCUGAAGAUAGCUAAAACCGGUGUUUAAACCGACCUGACCCAGUAGCUACACUCUGAAAGUAGAAAAUGAUCGAGCACUAGUCCAGCCUUAGAAUCAAAUGCUGCAUGUUUAGCACAAGCUUUCGAAGAUAGGAUGAGCGCACUCAGGCCUGAUGAGUGAUGACAUCAGAUCCUGCUCCACAUCCUGGAGCUCAUCAUUUAUAUACAGUGAGUGUUCCAGGGGCCAUCAAUUGUAACACUUCAUUUGUCUUUUGAGACUAAUCUGCAGAAGAUCACUC